AUGAACCACUUCCCGCAGGCCUGGGGCAGGCCCAGAGACGACGUUUAUGGCGCGUACGACCAUUCCUUCCUUCAGAGCAACGGUCCCAUGCAGCACACCCAACAACCCAUCGUGACCGGCACCAGCGUGGUGGCAGUGAAGUACAAGGAUGGCGUCGUCAUUGCCGCCGACAACCUAGCAUCAUAUGGCUCGCUCGCACGCUUCACGGACGUCAAGCGUCUCCGCGUCUUCAACAACAAAUCCGUCAUCGGCUUCGGCGGCGACGUGUCGGACAUGCAGUACCUGGACCGGCUGCUCACCUCUCUCUCCAUCCGCGAGGACUACAGCCAGCAUGAAGCCGCCGAGGACGACGUGUCGGGCGAGGAACAGCCCCUCGGCAGUGGCGCAUCGCUCAAUGCCAAGAACCUGCACACGUACCUGUCCAAGGUGCUGUACCGGCGCCGCUCCGAGUUCAACCCGCUGUGGAAUGUGCUACUGAUUGCGGGCUUUGACCACGAUGGCAAGACGCCUUUCCUCGCCCACGCCGACCUGCUCGGCACCACCUUCUCCGCGCCCGCCCUAGCCACCGGCUUUGGCGCCCACCUCGCCACGCCCAUCCUGCGCAAGCGCGUUCCGGAUGAGGCCGCCGCGCGCGAGCUUAGCCGCGCCGAUGCCGUCCAGCUGGUCAAGGACUGUAUGAAGACGCUCUUCUACCGCGACGCCCGCAGCUUGGACCGCUACUCGAUUGCUGUCGUCGAGCGCGGCCGCGAUGUCGAGCUCAGCGAGAAUGAACAGCUGGAGAACCAGAGCUGGGCAUUUGCCGAGAGGAUCAGGGGCUAUGGCACGCAGGUCAACUAA